AUAGAUACUAAAAUCUUCACAAAAAUAUGGAAAGAAGGGAUGCGGAAAACGGAUUUCAAAAAAAGUAUAGAACCUUCUAGAGAGAUAUUUUUUAGAGGAAUAGUUGAAAAAAAUGAAGUACCAAAAUUAGAAACUAUACAAAAUUGGAUCUCUCAUUAUGCCAGUCAACAUCAUCAAAAUGCAGCAGAGAUAAUAGCUCAAGCAUAA